CACAGUGCACGCGGCUGAGGGUGACCCAUCAUCAUUCAGGAACUAUGUUACUUCCAUCAAACACCGCAUCCAUGCGCCUCUGUCCCGCGGCGUGAGUAUGCGUAUGCCAUCAUCUCGCUCCCGCUGCUGGAAGCUCCACACAUGCGUGCAGAAUGUAUUUCAACAGACGGUCGAAGAAGAUCCACAGCGAGGGAGAACAGUUAGUGUUGACCCCUCUUAGCCAGGACUCCCCCCUCCGGCAGGACCAGCCCGUGGGAUCCAACAUGUGCUCCCAUCUGGCAGACAGGUUUGAGAAAAGACCCGCGUGCUCGGCCGCCGGCUACCGCAAGGCAGAGGAUGAGAUGUCCGGAACCACAUCACAGGCGGACCCGAUAGAUGCCACAGCGCGAAUCGUGCUGCUCAACCGAGCCCAAACCACCAAAUUUUGUGACAACCAUGUCAGCACGGCUAAAUACGGGAUCCUUACCUUCCUGCCACGGUUCUUGUACGAACAGAUCAGACGAGCGGCUAAUGCCUUCUUCCUCUUCAUCGCUCUUAUGCAGCAAAUCCCUGAUGUCUCCCCAACGGGUCGCUACACAACGCUGGUGCCCCUUAUCUUUAUUCUGACAGUGGCUGGGAUCAAGGAGAUCAUCGAGGAUUAUAAAAGACAUAAAGCAGACAAUACGGUGAACAAGAAGAAGACAACAGUUCUGCGUAACGGAGCAUGGCAAACCAUCAUAUGGAAGCAGGUGGCAGUGGGAGACAUAGUCAAGGUGACCAAUGGCCAGCAUCUCCCGGCUGACAUGGUCAUAGUGUCCUCCAGUGAACCUCAGGCGAUGUGCUAUACUGAAACAUCCAACUUAGAUGGCGAAACCAACCUCAAGAUCCGACAGGGUCUCUCACUCACAGCUAGUUGUCAGUCUCUGGAAGAACUGGUAGCUUUGGCUGGUCGUCUUGAAUGUGAGGGGCCAAACAGACACUUGUACGACUUCACUGGAACACUGCGCUUAGACAACCUCAACCCAGUUCCACUUGGGCCGGACCAGGUGCUGUUACGAGGCGCCCAGCUCAGGAACACACAGUGGGUUGUGGGAAUUGUAGUCUACACUGGACAUGAUUCUAAACUCAUGCAGAAUUCCACUAAAGCUCCACUGAAACGCUCGAAUGUGGAGCGUGUGACAAACAUGCAGAUCCUGGUUCUGUUCGGGAUUCUCCUGGUCAUGGCGCUGAUCAGCUCCAUCGGGGCCGCCAUAUGGAACGAACAGCACACGGAUCAGGCUUGCUGGUACCUUUCCCGUGCAGGUGACAUCUCCCUGAACUUCUGGUACAAUCUGCUGACCUUCAUCAUCCUCUAUAACAACUUGAUUCCAAUCAGCCUACUGGUUACUCUAGAAGUGGUCAGAUUCACACAGGCUCUCUUCAUUAACUGGGAUGUCGAGAUGUAUUACGCCGAGACAGACACUCCCGCUAUGGCCCGAACAUCCAAUCUGAAUGAAGAACUUGGCCAAGUAAAAUAUCUAUUUUCAGAUAAGACUGGCACUCUCACCUGCAACAUCAUGCACUUUAAGAAGUGCACCAUAGCUGGAAUUACAUACGGGCACUUCCCAGACCUGGAAUGCGAUCGAUCCAUGGAGGACUUCAGUCACCUUCCCUCUACUAGUCAUAAUUCUACUGAGUUUGAUGAUCCUGCUCUUAUCCAGAACAUUGAGAAGAACCACCCCACAUGCCCCCAGAUUUGUGAGUUUUUGACCAUGAUGGCUGUUUGUCAUACUGUUGUUCCCGAGCGAGAAGAAGACCAACUUAUCUACCAGGCUUCCUCACCAGAUGAAGGAGCGCUGGUUAAAGGUGCCAAGGGUCUGGGAUUUGUUUUUACUGGACGAACACCACAUUCAGUCAUCAUAGAGGCGAGAGAAAAAGAGCAGACAUAUGAGCUUCUUAAUGUACUAGAAUUUUCCAGCAAUCGCAAACGGAUGUCAGUGAUUGUCAGAACACCUACAGGCAAACUUCGACUUUAUUGCAAGGGAGCGGACAAUGUGAUUUUUGAGCGUCUGAACGAGACGUCACAGUAUAAGGAGCUAACUUUGGCCCAUCUGGAGCAGUUUGCCACUGAAGGGCUGCGGACACUUUGUUUUGCGUACGUGGACCUUGAGGAGGGGGCAUACCAGGAAUGGCUGAAGGAGUACAAUCGUAUCAGUACUGUGCUAAAGGACAGGGCAGAGAAACUGGAGGAAUGCUACGAACUCAUAGAGAAGAACUUGCUGUUGUUGGGUGCCACUGCGAUAGAAGACCGACUGCAAGCGGGAGUCCCGGAAACCAUAGCAACACUCAUGAAGGCCGACAUCAAGAUCUGGGUUUUGACUGGGGACAAGCAGGAGACGGCCAUCAAUAUCGGUUACUCCUGUAAGCUGGUGUCACAUGGCAUGUCCCUUGUCAUCGUCAAUGAAGAUUCCCUGGAUGCUACCAGGGCCACACUAACAGCUCAUUGCUCCUCGCUGGGUGACUCUCUGAGGAAGGAGAACGAGUUGGCUCUCAUCAUUGACGGACAGACGUUAAAAUACGCCCUCUCUUUCGAAGUGCGACAGUCCUUCCUCGACCUUGCGCUGUCUUGCAAGGCUGUCAUAUGUUGCAGGGUGUCUCCACUGCAGAAGUCGGAGAUUGUGGACAUGGUAAAGAAGCAUGUGAAGGCCAUCACACUGGCUAUCGGAGACGGAGCCAAUGACGUAGGCAUGAUACAGACGGCACACGUGGGAGUUGGCAUAAGCGGGAAUGAGGGCAUGCAGGCCACCAACUCAUCUGAUUACUCUAUAGCUCAGUUCUCAUACCUGGAGAAGCUUUUACUGGUUCACGGGGCUUGGAGUUACAACCGGGUCACCAAAUGUAUCCUGUACUGUUUCUAUAAGAAUGUGGUUCUGUACAUCAUAGAGCUUUGGUUUGCAUUUGUAAAUGGUUUCUCUGGACAGAUCCUGUUUGAACGGUGGUGCAUUGGCCUGUACAAUGUGAUCUUUACCGCUCUCCCUCCUUUCACUCUGGGGAUAGUUGACCGGCCAUGCAGUCAGCAGAACAUGCUACGAUUCCCUCAGCUGUACCGCAUCACACAGAACGCAGAAGGUUUUAACACUAAGGUCUUUUGGGGUCACUGUAUAAAUGCUCUCAUUCACUCCAUUAUUCUCUUCUGGUUUCCACUCAAAGUCCUGGAGCACGACACUCCUUUUGACAACGGCAACAGUGUCGACUACCUGUUCGUGGGGAACAUCGUCUACACGUAUGUGGUGGUAACUGUAUGUCUGAAAGCCGGUAUGGAGACCACAGCAUGGACAAGGUUUUCUCAUCUGGCUGUAUGGGGCAGCAUGGUGCUCUGGAUGUUGUUUUUUGCCGUCUAUUCUGCAAUCUGGCCGACCAUUCCUAUAGCGCCGGAUAUGUUGGGCCAGGCUGGCAGGGUAAUGCAGUGUUGGAGCUUCUGGCUGGGCCUGAUACUGGUGCCAACAGCAUGUUUACUCAAAGAUGUGGCAUGGAAUGCUGGACGACGCACAGUGAGGAAGACUCUGCUAGAGGAAGUGCAGGAACUGGAAGCUCGAGCUGUGGACCCUAGGGCAGCUGUCCUCAGAGAUGCCAGUGGCCGCAGGCGGCCAUGAGCUGGUCAGGUUUGCCUAGCUAUAAGCACUGGGUGUGUGUAGCUUCCUUAAGAUCGUAGCUCUGUGCAUGUGUUUGUUUUCAUGCUGUGUGUUUGUGGACUUGAGGCUGACUGAGUUAAGCGUUUGCAUGGAUUUAACCGUUUUAGCCCAGGGAUAUUACGCUACAUAUUGCAUUUGGUGUACAGCCCUAUAUGAGACAGAAACUUGGCAGACGGACGUGUAGUCUCAUGCAGUUUUUUUUUUUUUUUUUUUUAUACCUUUGAGUGUUUUGUGGUCUUUAUGCCAUUAAUUUAUGGCCAGGGAGUUAACAGAAUGGACUUCUAAUCAGAGGGAUGUUGGACGUAAGCCCUGUUUGGGUUUACCCCCUCAUUCCCCCAGAGCAGAACACUUAACCUCAUUUGUUUCAGUAAAUAUCCAGCUGUAAAAAGCAUAAUGGUUGUAAGUCAUCCUGAACGAGUGUAGAAAUCUGCUGAAUGAUUCAUUAUCGGCUUGAAUUCAGCUUCGUUGUGCGGAGGCUGACACAAUUCGAGAGUGCAUCCUAGGCGUUUAGAUUUGCAGAUCUGUUUACCCAAGAAGACCCCAGCUAGCCCUGCCGGACAAAAGCGAGGCAUUUUCCGAAGGAUAAGCCAAGCCUGGACUCGUACUUGAGGGACGGCCCGAGGAAAAUAAGUUAUUGAAAAUUUGAUUAAUCAAAACAACUGUCUGAUAUUCCAAGGAUUGUCCACGUUCCAGAGAAACGACAGAGGAAGAAAGAGCUCCGGUUACCACCGAGCCUAUGCGUCAUUCCAUCCUUUUAUUUCUUUAUUUAUCCAUUCAUCAUCCCCGUCUUUCAACCGGUCAUCUGUUUUGCAGACAUAGUUUUCAUUGGCUGAUGUUUUGCCGUAUCCCAUAUACUGUUGUUGAAUUGUUUUACUAAGCAGCCAAAUGAAUGCCACGUCCUUCCCAACGAUAACAGUCCAAACGGUCCCCUUCGUUGCACAAUAUGAGUUUGAGCUGUAACCUUGAGAAGUUUGGCCCUCAUCCAUGACAACUGGUUUCUGGAUCACUUUCUUUUUUGGAUGGGGGGGAAAGACCGCUUUCAUCUGAUUUACAGGGAAACAUCAUAGACUGAUUUGUUUUACAUAGAACGUGUUUAUCAAAGAUGGGGUCGGGAUCAUUCGAUUCCUCUUCAUUUCAAAACUGGCCGCAAAAUGCCAUCAGAUUCGGUUUCCAAAAUUGAAAUUUUGCCAUUUAAUUUAGCAACCGGAGACGACUUUAUUGGCCACAUUCAUUUUAGAGUAAAGAGCUGUUGAAUACUUCUCAUAUUUAUCGUUUUUGUUUGAAGGAUUGGAAAGCUUGAGGAUUUAGUGCAGUGGAAAUAUUGAAAGAGAAGUUUUUGGAUCACAGGGCACAAGUUUAAUGUUGUUUAUGAGUGCUUUGGGAAGCCGUUUCUUAGAAUCGUGCGAGUAUGUGUGUAAAUGUAUGUUCUGCUCGAGUGAACAUCAUUAAGAGUAUCUGGCAUUUGCCAAGAUGGCCACGUGUCAGAGUAGAGCACUGUGUUGUAGAAAUGUGAUGUGAUUUGACCUCUAGCUGUCAUGUGUGUAGCAUAUCAGCUAGGAACUGUGCUGUGAUUGGUGGCAUAACCCGCCUGUCUCUUUCU